AUGCUCUCCUUCCUCGCAAAACGGGUCCCUAGAACCCAAACCGCCAGCCGGACAACCCUGCUCUUCGACGAAGGCCGCUCGUCUAUCCAGUUCAAAGCACCCGGGGACAAGUACCUCGUGGUCAACCACUGGCCCCCGGCCUCCAGCGAGCAGGACAGGAACAUCGCGCUGCGCCCGCCAUUGCACUGGCACCGGCACCAGACGGAGCAUUUCCAUGUUCUCAGCGGACAGGCCCGGUUCACCCUUGACGGGCGCGAAAUCGUGAAGCGCGCGGGGGAGUCGAUAGUUAUUCCGGCCCAGGCGUUCCAUACCUUCUGCAAUGCGAGUGCGACGGAGGCGCUAGCUGUGGAGCUGGUGCUGGAGCCGGCGUGGAGGGCCAGGGACGAGGCCUUUUUCCGGAAUGUACAGUCGUACCGCGACGAUUGUCGGAAAGCGGGCGUGGCGCGCAGUCUCCCUCAGGUCUUGCUGUUUAAUUGGGCUGGUGGCGUGGUGCUUGCGUUGCCAGGACCGCCCGUCCUGGCGAGGCUCGGGGGCAUCUUGAUGAAUUUCUGGGGAGGGCUGGUGUUGGGGAAGUAUGUGCUUGGGUAUCAGGAGUCCUAUCCGGAGUACUAUUCGCCCAAGCAGGAAUAG